CUUACUUUCUAACAACCACCUUCAAUUCCCACUUCCUUUCCCUUCGUCAGCGCAGCAUCAUGGAAUCUGAAUAUUCAUCAGAUGACGAUGCAGGUAACGGAUCUACAAUUGUCACUAGAACCAUGAACACGCUGGUCGAAUAUUGCCAGCCCUUCGUUUCAAAACAAGCGCAAAAGGCAUAUUUAGGCACCCUGCUAUUUGUUGUUACGGGAUUGUGUAUGCUCUUUGGGUCCGCCCUCGCAUAUGGGAUUUUCUACCACAAAUUCGUUCCACAAGUCGGAGUAGGACGUGUGGUACAUUUAGAAUUCGGCGAUGGGUAUCCCUGGGGAACCGCCUCCCUCGGUUCGGAGUUGGUCUCUCUUCAGCCAUACGACAUCAACGUUAAACUCGAGUUGCCUCGUACCCCCUCGAAUUUUGCGGCCGGAAAUUUUAUGCUCGAUCUAACCCUCCUUUCCCAUCCUUCAACGUCUGUUCUUACGGGUAUGAAUGGUUCUACAUACCCGAUCUCACGAUCGCGCCGCCCUGCUAUCCUCACAUACUCCUCGCCCUUGGUGGAUACGGCCAGCAAGCUCUGGCUCAUGCCGUUCUAUGUGAUUGGCUGGCAACGAGAAGCCGAGAAACUGGAGGUUCCCAUGAUGGAGCGAGUGGAAUUUUCCCGCGGAUGGCGUAACUUACCCGAAAGUCUGCGGCUGGAGAUUCAUAGUCACGAGCAGAUGCAAUUCUACAAAGCGAAGGUGGAAUUCAGGGCAAGGUUUACUGGGUUGAGAUGGAUGAUGUAUAACUGGAAAAUCACGUCGUUCAUUAUUUUCAGUUCCUUGUUUUGGGGUGUAUGCAUGACAAGCGCAAGUAUCUCUUGGGCGAUACUUGCUUCCCUCUCAAGCACGGGUAGAAAUGGGUCUGAAUCGGAGGUGAAGGAAGAAGCUGGAGACGAAAUACCGAUCAAGCAAGAACCUUCUGAAGAGACACCCUCUCUCAUGGAAGCAACCUCGAGCUCUUCCAAUAAUCCGGCAGAGAAAGGGAAGGUCAAGAAGGAAUAUGAAUAUGAAGCGGAUGACGACGAGUCUGACGGUUCACGGCCGUUCGAGGAAGUUGGAUCUGGGACUGGUGUGGAGAGUGCUGAAGCCCGCGGCGUUCAACGAAGGCGAAACCGCCUAUUUAAGGACGAGCAAUCCUAGUCGGGGAUAUAAAUAUGAUGUCUAC